CAUUUCUUUCGGAAAAAGAAGAAACCGGCCCAAGUUGCCGUACGGUACGAACCUUUAUCAGCAGGAGGAACAACUCCUUCACAAGGUGAUCGAAUCGAUCUUAGACGAGGAAAAUAGAAGCAACAACCAAUCUAUCAGAAGGAGCGCGGUAAUUGAUCAAUUUUCAUCCAAGGAAAGGCUUGAAUACAGCAUGCGACAACAAACACUGUCGAUGGCCGAUUCUACUAGCAGCGUGUCGUCGGUAUAUGAGAGGCCAGUUAGAGUUCCUGCUGUUAUGUUCUUUAUCGUUUUCAUCAUUUUUCAUAUCACACUUCAAUUGAAAACUGCAUUUCAAAUAGAUAUCGCUCGAUCCCUGACAACGAAUGAUCUMGCAAGCGACCAAAUCUCAGACGCUCUAGCAGACCAGCAAGAACGGCAAGAAAAGAAAAAAAAAGAUUCUGAUCAUAGUGCUACCUCACUGAUUCACAACGUAGAGUCGAUAAAGCAGGCAUUAGGAGGGGGAGAGAGCGGAGAAACUGUCACUUUGUUCAAUAAUGACAAUAAUUUAUUCCCUGAGAAAGUUGUUGGCGUUCAAGAACACAGGGACUCUGACGAUCAUCACGAUAUAUCCUCGCCCUCCGAAGAUAGUGACCACACAAAUAAUUUAUUAGUAACGACAAGAAUGCAAAAAUAUGAGCUUGAUCUCGAUGAUUUUUUUGAUACAGAAGGCGAAGGUAACCAGGCAAUAAGCGAAGCAAAAAAGACCCAAAAAAAAAAGAAAAAGAAGCGGAAAACCAGGGCGUUUUUUGGAAUUAUGACCUACGAUUCAGAGAGCGAGCGGAAGCGACGAAAUCUGAUCCGAAAAACUUUUCUGAGUUACUUUACCAAUCACACAAAUCGGACAUUAGUCAGCGAAGACGAAUACAACGAAAAGAAACACUGGAUAUGUUCUCUGAACGACCUCGACUAUGGGCGAUUGGAGCAUCCCGAAAAAUGUCGCAUGGCAUAUGCGUUUGUGCAGGGCGCGAACCCCAACGGUACUACAAUGUUGUUGAACUUCAACGAGUCGUAUCCGUUGUCGUUACCACCACCGAAAUUUGAAACAAAGAAAGAGCAAAAGGAUGCCUCUGAUUCUGUGUAUCUAAACAUACAAGAAAACGGUAGAUUUGGAAAGUCUCCAACGUGGUUUCGAUACGCAAUCGAUGUUCUUGAACGGCAUGGGUGGAUGAAAGACUUUGACUAUAUUUUCAAAUCUGAUGGAGAUAAUUUGAUCUACACGCCCAACUUCUUUCGGUUCAUGGACAAACUUCCACAGAAGCGUGCUGUCCGAGUUUAUGGGGGGAGGCCAUUGAACUACAACAAGUGUGGUGGCGACUCGCAUGAUCAUUGCAGUCAAAUGGUAGGGCCCCAUUUCAUGGCUGGGGGUUGCUACUUUUUAUCUCUUGAUCUAGCCAAAUUUAUUAGUGACGAGACAACGUUUGAUCACAUGGCGGUGAAACUUCCUCACGAAGAUAUGACGACUGGAAAUUUUGUAUAUAGCCAUCCCAAGAAGAUCAGAGUAGUGAAGGAGCCCAGAAAGAAAGGAGUGAUCCGAACUCACCCAGUGAAGAAAGAUAGAGCAUUCAAGCACAGAUGGAACAAAAUGCUAAAGGAAGAGCAAGUUCGUUUAGUAGCUGCGCAAGUAAACGACGAGUAAUAUUUCGGAUAUCUAUAAUCAAAUCAAGGGUUUUUUAUGCAGAAAGUAGUUGCCAUUUGUAACGAACUUUUAAUGGUGAAAUUCAGUUGAUAUGGUGACCCCCUUCUUCUAUGUUUAGAUACGUUUCACAUUGACUUUUGCUGCUCUGACCAAUAUUUGGUGUUUCAAUAUCAAUACAUUCUUUGACAGUGGCAAAAUGUAUAAGCAAACAAUAUCAAGAUUUCUUCUUCGAGCCAAGUUUUGUACCGUCAAAUCCCGAUCUCGACAUCGCAUACCUCGAGCACCAUAUCGACACCGCGCCUACCUCCAGCCCAAUGUCCGCACCAUCCACAUUGUUACCUAUCGGAUCUGCAUUGUUUCCUAUUGAACCUAACGGCAUGAAUUUACGAACCGAGGUAUUACUUCCACGUCGCAUUCGAUGACUACGAACGCGAGCACAACCCCUCUUCUCCAAAAAGUUUGUAAUUCCAAUGGAAUAUCAUUUUGAGACAUUUCGCCAAGCAAACUAGGGAUGCAAGAUAAUAGAGUGGCAUGAUUUAC